UGAUGUAAUAGGGGGAAAGUGGGGGUAAAAUUACAUAUAUAUAUAUAUAUUGAGACGACUUCUUCUGCUAGACGAUCGACAUCACCGUGAACAUUCUUAACGAAGAGUGCGCACUGAUACAACAAUAGUCAAAGUUUGAAAAAUCUCCGAUUACUCGACUCCGAUCGUCAGUACUUCGCGGAAUCAUUUGUGUGCUAGUCCACAAAAGUACCACAUCGUUCAGACACUUACGAGAAACCGUCGCACCGUCAUCAUUCAGAGAGAGAGAGAGCAAUCGGCACUGUCUUCUGCACGCAAGAAAUUCAUCGUCUAAAGUAAACAAAGCUCUCUCGAAAGAGAAUUUCUAAUAUCUCAACGAGUAUAAAAAAAAAAGGAUAACAAUGAAGAUCAUUUUUAUGAUAUUAUGUAUAAUGUUUUUUAACUGGAUGUUUUACGACGCAAACGCAUACCCAAAUAUACGCAAAUUAAAUGAGAAAAAGUUUUCUGAAGAUAACAAUAUACCAGAAGAAACUAAUAACUUUGUAAAUGGUGCAGCAGUAUCGACUUAUGUGUGCGUUUACAUACCGUCGGAUCUAGAAUAUUGUAAUUUUAAUAAUAACAAGAAUAAACCCCAGGAUAAACUGCAGAAUUUGGCACACACAUUUUCAGAAAAGAACAAGUUAACCAGCGACAAAAAUAAAAUGUAUUCGUCAUAUCUGUCGAUGUACGAUACAAAACCAGAAAACUUUGCAAGACAAACAUCUGUAAAAACUAUAGUGUACGAAAUACAAAAUUGCAUACCGUCGAGAUUACCUUUUGUUCUACCUUUUUGUUCGGAAGAGGACGUGUCUAAUAAGAAGAACGAAGUCCAACGACUUAUUCCUUUUAUGGUAAACGACUUUGAUUCAUAUGAAUUCCCGGCGCUUCCAAAACAACUUCGGAAAUUGCUUCCAUACAACGAUAUGUAACAAUUAUAUCAGCGAUCCUGAUAAAUAAUAUUUAGUGGACAAAGGCGCUUUUAUGAGAAUAAAAUACGAAAA